AUGUUCUGCUCUGCAGCCUCCACCCCGGAAGCCCCCCACGCGAUCGGUAAAGGAAGCUCAACGAUUCGCCACAUUUCCAACGGAACUGAGGUCUACUUUAACCGUCCCUUGUUGAAAAUCCACCGCUCGCGUGCUUUUCUUGGAUUUCGUGGGGGCAUUACAACCACCCCACUCCGCGUCGUUGUCCGGUCCCUAGGCGAAAGUGGAGGCGUUUCGACGUCCGAGUCUGUCAUCCAGCUGCGAGGGACCACAAAAUGA